AUGAGCGCGAUUCUUGCCUACGUACAUCGCUGGCGAUUAAACUCAAAGCUAGCGAAAUCUGAUCGCCGCAAGGGCCUUCUGUUCUUGCGGGAGUUAUCUUUCGGAUUGGUGACGCUUCUCAGAACCCACAUAUCUACGUUACAUGGGAACUACCGUUUGGUGCACAAUUAUCUGUUGCAGAAAUAUUGGAUCCUGCGUGCCAAUACCAUCAUUCGGCGCAUUGUACGAAAUUGCGUCAGGUGCACUCGUCACAACGCCAUCACCCUCGAGCAGCAAAUGGCGCCGCUGCCGGCCAUCCGAGCCAAACCGGCUCUGCCAUUUGCGCACUUUGGAGUCGACUUCGCCGGCUACUUCUGCGUAAAGGCCUCAUCUGGGCGAGGGCAGAAGACCUCUAAGGGAUACGUGGCAGUGUUCGUGUGCCUCGUCGUCAAGACCAUUCAUCUGGAGCUGGUCUCUGAUCUGACGACUGACGCGUUCCUGGCGGCAUAUCGUCGCUUCACCGCCCGGCGUGGACUCUGUCAGGUCAUUUACUCUGACAACGGCAUCACCUUUAAGGGCAGCGAGGCCGAGCUACAUAGACUCUUUCGGAGACCUCCGCCACCGGUCAGGCCGUAG